AUGCUUGCACGCUUCCUCGGUCCGCUCGCCGCUGCCCUUCUGCUGGGCCUGCUGCUGCUCGAUCUGCCGCCGGGCCACGGCGACGCAGGUGAGUGGGCUGGGGAGCGCAGGACCCUGCCGGCCACCGCCUACCCUUUCCCGCGCUGCACAAGACAGAAAGCAGGCGUGUGCCCCAAGCUCGCGAUCGACCAAAACUGCACGGAGGAGUGCUUCUCGGAUGGAGACUGCGCCAAUUACCUCAAGUGCUGCCGGACGGGCUGUUCAGCCCUCUGCGUGCUCCCAGAUGAAAAGCCAGGCUCCUGCCCCCGACUGGACACAGGCAUUCUCCCACUUGGCAUCUGCCAGGAUCAGUGCCAGGUAGACAGCGACUGUCCGGACCAGAGAAAAUGCUGCCGCAAUGGUUGUGGGAAUGUAUCCUGUGUCACACCCAACUUCUGA